CGGAGGUAACGACCGCGGCGCGAAAGCAACUCGCUGCGAGGGGGGACUUAUUGUUAGAAAACUUUUGCUGAGGCUGCGCCGAAGGUUGUAUGUAACAUAUCUGCUUUUAAAUGAGGCAUAAAUAUCCGACAUAUAUGCAGAAUCAGAUAUCAUAUCCGAGAUAAAAUUAUCAUGGUUUUUUAUAAUCUUGGAGAUGUCUCUGAGAUAUUCUCAUGAUAUCUUGCGCAAUCAGAUAUUCCGUCAUUCAGAUAUCUUCUAAAUAUUUUGGUGAUAUAUUUUGCUGUUUUUCUUACUUUUGCGGAAAUUCUAAAAAAUGACCAAGAAGCUUUUAUGCAAGUCAGGCUUUUAGACAACAAUCCCUUGUAAUACAGAGAACGACUUAGAACAUUCUAUAAUAGUGGCUUAUAGCGUUUUCCACUGAGAAAACUGGUGCAGCACCAGCGCUGUGAUGAUUCGAAGCAUCAAAGUAUUAUAUAGAAAUCUGUGAAGUAAAAUUAUUUAUUAUAAGAUGGGAUCUUCGAGUGACGAACUGACAUUUCAACUAAAUGAUGACAUUUUUUGUUUUAACACUAAAAAGAUGAAAAUAAAGGAUGUCAAAUCAAUAAAAGAGGAUGAUAAAUAUGCAGUUAAAUAUUUAAUAAACUUAAUAGAGAAUGAAUUUAUCAACCUGCAAGAUCCAUUACAAAUCAUCUACAAAAUUGUAAAUAAUGAGCAAAUUGUCAUAUAUGAAGCAGAUAAAGAGGAAUCUUGUCAAUUACAGUCAGAGUUAGAACAGGCUGCAGAGGAAGACGGAACCCGAGGUGCAAAAAAACGAUCAGAAUGGGGCAAACAAGAUACCGAAAUACUAUUAGAAAAAUAUGAAAUUUAUGUAAAACUGGUAGGACCAAUGAAAAAGUUUAAGAAUAAAAAAGUAAUGUGGGAAAAAAUUGCUCAAGAUAUUGAAGACACUAUAGGCCGAAAGUACACUUCCAUCCAAGUAGAAAAUCGAUUUAAAACAUUAUUAAAAAGAAAGAAGGACGCAAUUCAGCAUAAUAAACGUUCUGGCAAUGACAGAGUCGAUGUUCCAUACGAAGACCAGCUAGAAAAAAUCGCUUCCUUAGAUGACAGUAUCAAGCAAGAGAUGUUAAUGAGUAUUAACAACACAAGAAUACUAAAAAAUAACGAAUCAAGCAGCGACCAGUCUACUAGUUCAUCAAGUGCAGUGAAAAUGAUUCCAGAGAAAAAAACUGUACACUUCCUGAAAAGAAAAAUUGAAAAGGAGACAAAAGAAAAUAAAAAGAAAUCAGUUCAAGAAACUUUAUUGGAGAUACAUCAAUUAAAAGAAGAGAGCAAGGAAAAACGUCACAAAGAAAAACUGGCACUUAUUGAAAAACUUUUUAAGAAAGAUAUGUAA